AGGAUUCUCCACCAGAGGCGAUUUUUGUGAAUGUUCUUGGACUCCUCUUGGUGGUUUUUGGAGCACUGGUUCUUUGGAUUGCCACUCGAGAGUCUUGGAAACGCCCCAGUGACCAGAUCAUGCAUUCUCUGCAUACCAACAGUGGAGCUGUGGAAAAAUGUCUGACAAAAGUGAGCUGAAAGCAGAGCUGGAAAGGAAGAAGCAACGAUUGGCACAGAUCAGAGAGGAGAAAAGAAGGAAGGAGGAGGAGCGAAAGAAGGCUGAUCUACAACAGAAAGAAGCUGCGGUUCAGCCGGAUGACUCCGACCUGGAGAAAAAAAGACGAGAAGCUGAAGCUCUUCUACAGAGUGUGGGCAUAAACACGGAUGUUCCUGCAGUCCCUCCUCUGACGUCUCCUGCUGCCAAAUCAGCUGGAACGCCAAGUGAAGCAGGGAGCCAGGACUCUGAUGGAGCUGCAGGGCCCAGGACUCUGCAUUGGGACUCUGACCCGUCCACUCUUCAACUUCACUCUGAUUCUGAGCUGGGGUACUGGACAAUCUCUUCUCUCCUUUCCUGGCGUGUCACCCCGAAACUGGGAAUGGCCAAAGUCACACAAGUGGACUUCCUUCCUCGUGAAACUGUGUCCUACACAAAAGAGACCCAAACACCUGUCAUGACUCAGACCAAAGAAGGAGAGGAAGAAGAGGAGGAAGAAUGUCCUCCAGCUGAACCCGUAGUCGAGGCUCAGACUGAGAAACCAGACAAGAAGGAGGAGGAGGAAGCACCCCCUCAAGAGCUCACAGAGGAGGAGAAGCUCCAGAUCCUGCACUCUGAGGAGUUUGCACAUUUCUUCGACCACAGCACUCGGAUUAUUGAGCGUGCUCUGUCCGAAGGUGUGGACGUCUUCUUUGACUACGUUGGCCGUGAGCUGGAGGAGAAGGAGAGAGAAAUUCAGGCUGGAGCAAAGCUUUCACUCAACAGGCAGUUUGUGGACGAGCGCUGGUCCAAACAUCGUGUAGUUACCUGUCUGGACUGGUCUCUACAGUAUCCUGAACUAUUGGUUGCUUCGUACAAUAACAACGAGGAGGCUCCACACGAGCCUGACGGCGUGGCUUUAGUCUGGAACAUGAAGUACAAGAAAACUACUCCAGAAUUCGUCUUCCACUGCCAGUCUGCAGUCAUGUCUGCUUCGUUCGCCAAGUUCCACCCAAACAUCGUGGUUGGAGGCACGUAUUCGGGGCAGAUUGUUCUGUGGGACAACAGGAGCAACAAGAGGACCCCUGUGCAGAGGACCCCCCUUUCAGCUGCAGCACACACGCACCCGGUGUAUUGUGUAAAUGUAGUCGGCACCCAGAACGCCCACAACCUGAUUAGCAUCUCGACGGAUGGGAAGAUCUGCUCCUGGAGUCUGGAUAUGCUGUCUCAGCCACAGGACAGCAUGGAGCUCGUGUUCAAACAGUCCAAAGCUGUAGCCGUCACCUCCAUGUCUUUCCCCCUUGGAGACGUCAACAACUUUGUGGUGGGCAGUGAGGACGGCUCCGUCUACAUGUCGUGUCGUCAUGGAAGCAAAGCGGGGAUUAGUGAGAUGUUUGAGGGUCACCAUGGGCCAAUCACAGGGAUCCACUGCCACACAGCUGCAGGGCCUCUGGACUUCUCCCACCUGUUUCUUACCUCUUCCUUUGACUGGACGGUGAAGCUGUGGAGCACCAAGAACAAUAAGCCGCUGUACUCUUUUGAGGACAACUCUGAUUACGUGUACGAUGUCAUGUGGUCUCCAACCCACCCGGCUUUAUUUGCGUGCGUGGAUGGAGUUGGCCACCUCGACCUGUGGAACCUGAACAACGACACGGAGGUGCCCACCGCCAGCAUCACAGUGGAGGGGAACCCGGCUCUCAACAGGGUCAGAUGGGCUCAUUCUGGCAGAGAAAUCGCAGUGGGAGACUCGGAUGGACGAGUUGUCGUGUAUGACGUUGGAGAGCAAACUGCGGUUCCACGAAAUGACGAGUGGACGCGCUUUGUUCACACGCUGACGGAGAUCAACGAGAACAGGGACGACGCGGAGGAGCUGGCAGCUCAGCGUCUGACUGCGUGAGCUCAGCGCGGCUGGGUGCUACGUUCAAGGGACCAGUCUGCUGCUUGUUGAUGUCAGUUCUGCUUUGAAAAAGAUGUAAUCACAACAUGACUGAAGGAAAAGAAUAGAUUUUGGGGGUUUCAGAAAGAUGUAUAGACAUCUUAUCUUUGACGUUCUUCUUAAUUAGACCGCAGUAAGCUGGAUGGUCACCUGUCUUCCUCAGAUUAACUCCAAUGUCUGGACCAUCAACCUCAGACACUUUCUAGCCAUAUUUCCUAAAUGGGUCAUCUGAAUUAACAGCCAAAUGCCUUAAACUUUCCCAUUUUUAUUUACAGCAUGUUAAGUCUUAAUUUUGAGAUUUAAGACCAAAAAAAUGCACAAACUCAUGAGAAUCUGUUCUUCUGUAGCUUUUCAUCAUUUCCACCGAAGGUUUGAUAAAACACCAACAUCCAGGAAUGUAAGCAUCUCAUGGCUGAAGUUCAAGUUGUCAUCUCGUGUUUGUUGACUAGUAAAAUGUUCUACUUUAUACAGAAAUAUUGUUUUAUAUGAACGUGGGGACCUGCAUGCUGAAUCUGCUCAGUUAUACGAUCUGAUCCCUGUUGGGUCAAACCUGAGAAUGUACUUUUCACAACAAGAAACAAACACUUUGAAUGAUUUAUUUCAACAAAAUACAAUAAAUACACUUGAAUUAUUUCCCAAAUUUCUGGUUAUGAUUUCAAAAUAAAUAUUUUGAAAAUA